AAAAUUCUGACUCACUGGUAGUGUUGUGCAUGCCUAGCCUACGUGAGGACCGACUGAGAACGUUCAACCAAUAAAACGAGUAUUCUAUAGCAUGCAGUUUUAGAAGUACCCUGCCAGAACUGAAGUAGCGUUUCACGAGAUUGUAUCCUCGACCCUCCAUAUUCUGCGCAGGUAACGUCGCUUGCAACGCGCACGUGUUGUCACAUAAUAAAUAUUGAAGGCUGAGAAUUACUUAGAUUAGAUUUAUUUCCAGUGGGCGAGGGGCCCAUUCUUUGCCGCAAUGCCAAGGACCAGGAAAACACCCGCUCAGAAACUUGCAGUUGGGAAGGCUUUCCUGAAGUACCUGGAGGAGACGAAGCAAGGUGCCGAUUUUGGGAAAUCGGAGCUCACCGAAAUCUUCAAUAAUGACUACAGGCCGUCCCAUCCAGCAAUCUGCAGAGGAUUCAAUUGUUCCGCCGUCCUUUUUACUCUGCGGAUUAAUGGCAUGGUGAAGUAUAAGAAUGAACAAGUUCGUGUCACUCCCGGCUAUCUCGCCAGGGACCAGUACUCAACACUCAGGCUGCAUGAAUUGGGUGUGUCCAAUAAGGGGGCUUCGUCACGUCACCCCUUCUACUGUGCUGACUGUGACGUGAAAGGCAAUUCUUUGAAGUCUUUCCGGGGCCACCUGAUGGGAAAGAAGCACCUUCAGCAGAUGAGCUUGAAGUAUUUGAAGGAUAGAAGGGAGGUGAUGAUAAGUAAUCGGAAUAGCGUCAAAGUGACCAGUGAUUACGACGACAGCGAUGGAACAAUAUCAUUCAGCAUGAACAUCGACUCCACUCAUACCUUCCUUCUUAAGGUUGCCAACACUAGUGACACUGCUCAGGUUGGCUUUCUUGCCUGCUUGAUACUGAAGGUUCAGCCAGGAAUCACCUUGCAUGAUCUACCAGGGGAUUUAAUUCUACAGCCUGGAACGCAGUGCAGCAUUAAAGUUCUUGUCAAGGCUGAUUGCAUCGGAGUUCUGCAAAGCCCGCUUCUUAUGGCCUUCAAAACUUCCAACGACACCACCGUUUUCCAGAUUUUGCGAUUCAUGAAAAUUGAAGUCAAAGGGGAGAUAGCCGAUGAUUUGCCCCCUACCAUACCCUACCAGCGCCCUUCACGGAAGUCACUGAGGCAGGCAAAGGGGGAGAUUGUCGAUGGAGUCCCACCGUUACAAACCAAGAACAGCGUACUGAAAAUGAGGGACCUAGAUAUGUACCAUGUGCCAAGACACCUGCGCUAUCAGAUCAACAGCAAAGAUGAAGUGGAGGAUGUCAAGAACCACAUUGAAGUGCCUCUUUGCUGGGAGAAUUACGCUCCCAAACUGUCCAAGCUCUUACACAUUGAAGAGUGUCAGAUGGAGGUGGACAUCCGGCGGUAUGACAUGCACGGUGUGACCCUGAAGCGAGAAGGACCCAAGUUCCUGAAACUGAGAGUUCUAGGACUGGCCGAGAAUCGUCCAUCGGUCCUGAAGGGUGACCACCUCUUUGCCCGGUACACGAGUGACCGGUCCAACUCCCACCCAGAGCAGAUCAAGACUUACAAGGGCUACGUCCACCGUGUGGAGAUGGAAGAUGUGGUGCUAGGCUUCGCAAGAGAAUUCUUGGAUCGUUUCACUGACGGGAUCAAAGUUGACAUAGAGUUCACCUUCAAUCGCCUUCCGCUACGCCUUCAACAUUUUGCCGUGGAGGAGACACCCAACCACGCUGACUUGCAGAAAGUUCUCUUUCCAACUUCUACCGGCCUUGGAGGUAGACAACCGCUUUGUAGUGUAACGGACGAAAGUCUGUUUGCUCGUAGUCUGUAUGAUCAGAAGCUAGCCUCAAAUACAGAGCAAGUCAAGGCUGUCCUGCAUAUACUACAAGGCACCUCCCGCCCAGCUCCCUAUCUAGUGUUUGGACCUCCAGGCACCGGCAAGACUGUCACCAUGGUCGAAGCAAUCAAACAGGUGUACAAACAUCUACCGGACAGUCGCAUUUUGGCCUGCGCUCCGUCCAACAGUGCAGCUGAUCUGAUCGCUAAACGGCUUCUGACUGGCACAGGUAUCUCCAUCACCGUGGCGACAAACCUCUUCAGGAUGAAUGCCUUGAGCAGAGAAUGGAAAACUGUGGACCAGACCUUGAAGGAGAAGGAAUGCUGCAACUACAACAAGAUGACGGGAGACAAUUUCUUCCCAGCGAAGGAAGAAAUCAUGCAGAAGAGGGUUCUGGUGACGACUCUGUGUACAGCUGGCAGACUUGCGACUGCUAAGGGCUUUCCUUACGACCACUUCACUCACAUCUUCAUAGAUGAGGCUGGCCACGCUGUGGAACCAGAGGCCAUUAUAUCCCUAUCCAAUCUCAUGAAUCCAAACCACCCCCAUGGAGGUCAAGUGGUACUGGCCGGUGACCCCAAGCAGCUGGGACCCGUCCUCAGGUCACCGCUGGCCCUGGAACAUGGACUAGAGCUCUCACUGUUGGAGCGUUUCAUGACUAAAUGCGAGUUGUACAAACGUACAAAUGAGGAGCCGCAUUACAACAGCCGCGUCCUGACCAAACUGCUGCGUAACUAUCGCUCCCACCCGGCCAUCCUGAAACUGCCCAAUCGGCUGUUCUAUGCAAAUGAGCUGGAGGUCCAUGCAGAUGUAGUGGCGAGGGAAUCGUUGUGCAGAUGGGAGAAACUUCCGAAAAAGGAUUUUCCCAUUAUUUUCCACGGGGUGCAGGGGCUAGAUGAACGUGAGGGGCAGAGCCCAUCGUUCUUCAACAAGAAAGAGAUCGAGAUUGUCGUUAGCUACGCUAAGGAUAUACUCGAAAAAAGAGGGGGUAUGCGCGUUAAGGAGACGGAUAUAGGUAUCAUCUCACCGUACCGUCGCCAGGUACAAAAGAUCAAAGAGGUGCUCAGGAAGCACAAGAUGAGUGACAUCAAGGUCGGGUCAGUGGAGGAGUUUCAAGGUCAAGAGAGAUUGGUCAUCAUCGUCUCCACGGUCCGCAGCACCAAACCAGAACACAUCCAGAUGGACAUUGAUUACAAACUGGGAUUUGUCAAAAACCCUAAGAGGCUGAAUGUGGCUGUGACUCGAGCCAAGGCACUGCUGAUCCUCGUGGGUAAUCCCUACAUGUUGAGGAAGGAUAUAAACUGGAACAUGUUCCUGGAGUACUGCCUAGAGAACAGCGCCUACAAGGGAUGCUUCUUCAAGCCUGAGGAGGAUGAAGUUGAGGAGACCAUUGAGAAGUUUGAGAAACUGAAGAUAACUUCUGAACUGGUGGACAAACCAGUGGACGAACGCUUGGGAACGUUGGGAACAAGUGCAGUGGCUGAACAGCACGAUCCAGAGUGGCGCAGUGAGGAUUAGUCACGAAAAUGAAGGAGAGAGAGGACAGGUACCAGACUAUGAUGGCAGAAACCAAGUUUCAAGAUGUAGCAUUUAGGUUUCAUUUUGUUACA